UUAUCCCUUUCACCCACCAAAAAGCCAUUGGGAGAAAAAAUAAGGUGUGUUGGUCAAUAUGAUUUAAUCGCAAAAGAACACAAAUAUGACACGCAAUUUUUAAAAACAAUUUUCCCCCUUAUUCUUUUUUCUCCCCCCUUUUUUCACAAAUUUAUCCCCUCCCGCUUCUCUCCUUACUAAAAAUAAAAAAAUAUUCCCCCAAAAAUUCAUUUAAAAAAUUACAGAAAAAUAAAAAAACUUAAAAAAAUGAUACAAGAAAAAUUAACUACAACAACAAUGACAACAAUACUUUCCCGCAUUCAAAUGGAAACAAUACAACCCCUCCCAACAACACCCAUCGCGCAUCAAAAUCGCUGCCUAACAGAGGAACAAAUGCAAAUGCACGGCUCAGAAUUUGAAUGGUAUUUACAAAGAUACCUGUUUCCAUCUCUAGUCAUCUUUGGAAUACUUGGCAAUGCACUCAAUCUCAGCGUGUUGCUUGACAAGAAGAUGCAAUCAAGAGCAAACACAUUUCUGGCAAUGUUGGCAUUUGCUGACAUUUUCUUCUUGUCAUUGCUGGUCCCCAACAUUUUGGCCAAUUACUCAAUUUUCUCACGCAAUUGGCAUUUUCGAAUGUUUUACCUCAGUGCCAAAGUCCACUUGAUCUCUCUGGCAAAUUGGGCAUCUGCUGUAGCCAUUUGGUGUGUAAUCGCUGUGUGUACAGACCGUCUAAUUGGCAUCAGAAAUCCACUUGCCGCUCGUGGGCACAUUACAAGAAGGAAAAUGGUCGGAUUGAUUUGUGCUAUUGUUGCCGUUCCUGGAUUGCUUACAGCACAUCAACAUGUUGCACAUGUCUGCCUAGUCAGAGCCUUUUGCAACGGAAGUCAACUUUAUUCGAAAUGCUUGCCUGUAAAUCAAGAGCGUUGGUUUGCACCAAAUCAGAGCAAUCCGUAUUCAGAAACUUUCAGAAAAUUUAUCGUAAGAUUCCAAUUAUUUAAAAAAAUCAAAUUUGUUUUUUUAGUCUGUCAGCACUUUACUCAACGUUCUCUUCAGGUUUUUCUACUUAAAAAUUUAAUAAAAAUUCUUUUCAGUAUAAUUUUCCCAAUUAUUGUUCUCGCCAUUUUAAAUACAAUGCUUUUGUGUGCAUUAAGAAGGAGAUCAAAACAAUUAAAUAAUUUGAAUAGGAAUGAAAGUUGGAGUCAAAAACAACACAAAAAUGUAGAAAAUGGAGAAAGUCUUAGGGAAGGCAGUAAACAACCGCUUAGCAAGUUUGCUUUUUUUAAAUUUGUUUGGGUAUUAAUGAACUCUUCUUGA